UCGACCUACUGAACAUCGAGAAAGAUCGAACUGAAUUUCGUCGUUGUUUUGUAUCGAUAUUUCUUUAUCAGACUGUGCAAACGUCGCAUUAAUAAGUUAAAGAGGGAAUGGAUUCCGCAGAGGAGGUAAUGGACUCUGCGAGUGCAACAUCUGAUGUUGAUUCUGCGACUGAAGUGAGUGAGGUUGAAGAAGAUCUAAAAGAACUGAAGCUGUUUCUCGGCCAGGCUCAGCGCCCCCGCGUCAAAGAGCUGCUCCAGGAUGAUAUCAAGAAGCUGGAGUCUGAGGCUAGUGCUGCAGCGGCCGCAUCCAAAGCACCAGAAAUGCCCGUUGUGAGAGAGGAGACAGUGGCGUCAGCACCUCAACAGAAGAGACUACCAACAAAGAAAUUGGAUACUUACGGAGAUCCCGACCAAAUGGAUUCUGAAGACAUCAUUGGAGAUGCAGCCAGUUUUGCCCAAGAUUCAAUUGAUGCGGUCAAGUCAGACUCCGAGUUUUUACAAAUUGUGAACAUUAUCAAAUCCGGUAAUGCAGGAGAACCAGAACAAAUGGACACUGACAGUAAAGCGAAAGUUAAUUGGAGUGGCUGCGAAUCUGAUGAGAACAUUGGAGAAAUUGCACAUAAUCCCGCUAAAGAAAACGAUCUUGGAAAUAUUUCAUCUGUGGAGAAUUUAAACAAAAUGAUAAGCAACGUUAUAUCUGAUUUGAACGAUGAUGAAAUCAGAUCGGCUUCUGGUGGCACUGAAAGUUCAACUCUAAUUGACACAAUGACUAAAAUUAGGGAUGACUUUUCCGAGGAGGAAGUUGAUGAAUCUUUGGGGGAGAGAAAUAAAGUGACUGAUUCUGAUCCAGAGUGGGAAUCAGAGGAACCUAAAACUAAGAGAGCCAGGAAAUUGUCUGUAGGAAGCCCUGUCAAAAGUACCAAGCUGGGGAGACCGACGCCUGUACAUGAAGUUAAAGUGGUGAAACCUACAACGCGAGGGACUAGCCUCAAGAGCGCUGCACCUGCUAGUGCUAAACCAUUGUUCUCUGUGCUACCUGGUUCAGGAAGUGUGAAGAAAAGUCGUCCCCCUGUUCCAAAGGAGAAGAAUUUUCAAGCAACAAUUUCACUGAAGUCUGGUGAAAAUAUUGUCGUGGCUGUGAAAGAGCGAAACCGGCACGCACUUUUAAAGUAUUCAGCCAUAGUCUGUGCCAGUAUGCAACAAUACAUUGCCAAUCAUGCCCUUCCUAAACAUGGUGAAAAACCAUUGUUCCUAAAUCUGGAUUGUCUCGGAAAAACUGCAGAUAAGAAAGGGUAUAAAUCUUCUGAUCUCAUUGGGUUUGGCAGUGGUUCGAUGGUGAUGGAGACCACAUGUAAACCAGGACCAUCGGUAAAACCUCCUGAACCAAGUCAGGUGAUGCCUGUUGGACUGAUGGGAUUGAGUUCUUGUCUGCUUUCUGCAGGACCUCCUUCUUCAUCAACUAGUGGAGGAAGUGGUCAUGGCUCUUUGCCUGGUACUGCUCUUCAAGAUCCCUCCAAAUGUGAAUCGGUUAAUCCUCAAAUGCGUUGGUCAGAGACAGAGACAAAAAAAUUAUUAGCUCUUUAUAGAACGUAUAAAGUCGAUCUCCAAGCAUUUAAUGCCAAAAAAAGCAAAUUUAACCCAUUGGUGAAAAUCACACAGCUUCUAAAUAGGAUUCCAGCGGCCCACAAGAACUGUGAACAGGUUCGGGCCAAAAUCAAUACCAUACGAAAGUCACUUUACAAGGCGUGUGUAGCAAGGGACUCGCAGCGCCAUACAGGAGUGACACUGCCGGAACCAUCAUUGCAUUUGAAAGAGUUGUAUAGUCUCUUCGAGGGUGACCUGCGGAGCCGAAAAAUGGAUGAAAUCAAGGACUUUGCUACCCUGCAUGAGGAGUUGACCCGUGGGUAUACACCCCCAGCCGCAGACGUCCCUGUCAAAGAAGAGGUUCUGGGGCUUCCUUAUGAAAUCCUGGUUGAUGUAGGAGCCGUGUCUUCUCAUCAAGGCAGAGGUGAGCACAGGAAUACGGAUACGAGGACGACCCCUGUUGCAGAUGCCCAUCAUGAUUAUUCUUGUUCGUCAUCGCCGAGGAAGCGACGUAGACGCCGCGUCCGUGGCAAAGAGCUGGAGUUGGAAACCAUCAAACAUGUCCAGAAUAUGAUGGUGCAGUCUGACCAAAGACUUAACGACACGCUGUUGCAACUUCAUGCAGAGAAUAAACGGAUAAUGGAGAAGUUGAUUGCGAGGUUGUAGGGCCAAUCAGCAGUUUAUUGACCAUCUUGUUGACAGAACUGCAGAAAUAACUGGCACUUUGAGCUAGUAUUGACAAAAGAGUAUAAAGAACAACAAAUAAUUCGGUUCCGUGAAGCUGUGGUGACAUCACACUAACAAACAGUUGGGAGUUCAGUACAUUUUGUAUUAUUAGUUAACAAAAAAUAGUUGUCUUCUGCAUUUAUUGAAAUAAAAUCAUAUGUUUCCUUUAUCUCUUGAGUUGGAUAUUUAUUUUUCAGAGGCAUGUUAUCAUAAGUGUUAUUAUCAAUCGGACAAGCAACCUCCAAAACUCAUUCACUCCCAGUUUGUUUCUGUCAAUGUAUCAAGUACAAUGGAGCACCGUAUAUUUUAUCUUUUGUUUUCUUUUCGUAAUUUUCUCCAGCCUGAUAGUCAUCAGGAUGGUCUGGUAGUCGUGUUCUGUUUUGGAAAGAUUCUCCCCAUCUGCUCCAAGAUGAAGUCUCUUUUAGAGAUCUAUCCCAAAACUGAUUGUUCUUCCCUUGUAGAGACAGAUUCUGUCCACCCACACUCCCUUUGUGGUUGUAUGUGUUGCCAAAUAUGGAUGAAAGAUUAUUGAAAAAUGAUUGCAAACAGGGAUGAGCCCUGAGACACACCAAGAAUUUAGGAUUAUUUUCGGUCGAACACGCCUGAAUAUGAACAGUAGAACCUCUCCAUUUUAGAACUGCUUGGAAAAAAAUUAAGAUUUUCUAUGAAAGACAUCACAUUUUCCUGGUCCUUGUCGAACCAAAUGUUGAUUAUGCAAUGGAACACUAUAAUUAUUAAGACCUCUGAUUAAAAAAUGUACAAGUUGUAGGCAGAUGGUUUGAAAGUUUUCUGAAUCUCAUGUGGUCUCUUGUUGGGUUCUGCUGUUCCUGCCAUGUAGGUUGACUGCGCGAGCCAAGAACUAAGAAUGACUUUCAAAAGGAAAAUGAAGCUGAAAUGCCUGCAGUGUUACCAAAUUUUAAAAAAACUAUCAAAAGUAUAAUAAGGAUUUGAAUUUUGACUCUUAACGUACAAACUGCAGUUAUAGUGGCUAGUAGGAUUCUCUGGGCAAAGUUAUUCUUAUAGUUUUGGCUCUCAAGACCUUCUCAAAUUUCAGGAGGAAAUAUCUCAAUAGUAAUCUAUAUAGCAUUUAGUUAAAUUAAGUCUA